CUAGGUGUGCAUCCCCACAGGCUAUGUCUCGGAAGCCAAGAAGCAGUAGGAGGGGACGAAAAUCAUGCAGGGCAGUGGGUGCGAGAGUGGAGCGGUGACUGUCGGUGUUAACUCCAUCUCUGUUCCUCGAGUGGGGCCGAUGUGGAUGGGAUGAAAGAGUGAGGCAGGGCUGAGGGCAAGAUUUCCAGCACCCAUCGAGCUUUGUGUAGUGAUGGCUCAUGCUUGGCUUUUGCAGCUGCUUUCGCAGAGGAAUUGUCCAGGAGCCCUAGCCGGAGGAGAAUAUGGCAGGAGUGGACCUGAGCAGCUUGGACAUCCUUCUAAGCAGACGUGAAGAGUCGUCAGCUUUCUGCCUCCCGCAUAACUGGCUUACGAAGGAAAAAGAAGUCAAGCCUCAGAGUCUACUGCCCUCAUGCGAUGGAACGUGAGUGAGAGCAGCGAGCCUGUGACCAUUGUUGAUCCCAGGCAAAAGCCCUCCAUCUGGGAGCCGAGCAAGCGCCAGUCUUGGUGAGAUAAGUGUCUGGUUUGGUGAGGGCUCUCUUCACGCCCCACCUGAGUCCAGGUAGAAAAGCCCUGUAAAUUAGGGUUCAGUUUGUAAGAAAAGGUUCCUGAUCAGCUGUGGUUAUGAGGGAGAAAACAUCCCCAUUUUCAGAAGCUGCUCAUUUCUCUGGUCAAGAACGGUGUCUCCUCCACAGCAGAAGGUUGGAUCCAAGAGGAUGACUCCAGGUGCAAAGAGUGUUCGGCGUCAGCAUUCUUGCCCUGCCCUCAGUCUGCCAACUGGCUUGGUUGACAACGGCUGGUGAGCCAAGGAGCUGCUGAGAGACGCGGACCAUCCCUCUGUCAACAACUUCUUGAAUCAGCUAUUUCCACAGGUGUUUGAGGAACAAAAGGAUGAGUUUUUACAGAAGAUUUUCAAAUAGUGCUCGUCCAACCUGCAGCCAUUGAGGCAUGCUCUGGCCUCAGCCCCCAAGAACAGGCCUUGCCAGAGAAGCCCCAGGGAAGAAAAUGCUCAUGGACCAUCCUGUCAGGCAUGAAAAGACUCUGUGUCUGUUGCCAAUCCCACAGUGCGAUGGCAGAGAGCAGUGAGGAGAGAACAGCUUCCUCUCCAAGAAGGUGGACGCACUUGUCCCUGAAGAAGAAAGCAGCUGAGACCCAGGUGGAGGCAGAGGAGGUGAAGCUGCAGGAGACGACAGACAAAGACGAAGUGGAUCUUACAGGGACGAAGAAGGAGCCGUCUGACACGAAGGGGAAGUGGGAAAAAGGAAGCCCAGAAGAGCAGGAAGAAGAGCGCACUCCCAGCCCCUCAUUAACAAGCAGCUCCCAUAUGACGAUGACCCCCAGGGAGCACCCUUCCUCAGCCCCGCUCCAUGCCCUGCUGAUGGCAGCCAUGAAGGGUCUGACAACACCCACCCUGCAGAGAUUUAGAGCCGCAGAGGAAGAGCUGAGGGCCAUCGUAUCUCUCCACGGAGACAAGAUGGAGAAAGUAAGAGACGCCCGCAAUGGGGCAGGGGGAUGCUGCGCAGAGAGGGGGAUGGGAGAAGUUCCUCUCCUCGGAAACCAUUCCUGGGACACUGGCAUGGGAUUGGAAGGUUGGCUCAGCCCCUUGCCAUUCAUCGCUUGGCCACGGGGAUAGGUGACAUUCAAGCCCUUCUCCAAAGACCG